AUGCCUACCGAGCUCCUCGCCCUCCCACCCUCAUACACCCUGGUAGGGCUUUACCGCCUGUUGACCGACCCGUCCAUUCGCGAGCCGGUCCUCGCCAAGGUCAAGCAUGCCGCCGUCCGCGGCGCGGUCGUCGGCGCGGCGUACGCGACCCUCGGGUGGGGGUUCAUGAGCUGGAUCGUGAAGCGAUGGAUCGUCAAAGGUCGCGUCGGCGAGCGCGUUACGCUUGGACACGGCUCGGUAUCCAUGAACAUCGACUUGGUGCUCUACACCCACCUGCUCCUCCUUAUCCCCCAGGUCGGCCAGAUCAUGAAGUUCUUCAUGAGGAAGAACCUCCGCAUUGCGCGUGCUCGCGCUUACGCUUUGACUGUUGCGUCGCGCAAGAAGCCGCAAGAGUUCUGGGGCCUCGGCUACAUUGAGGAGUGGCAGCAGCCACCAGUCAUGACUCCCGAGCAGCGUGCCGCUGGAGGCCGCUCACACGAGGAGAAGUGGCUCCGCUGGUUCCUCUGGUGGCCAUCGCAGAUGCUGCUGCGCCAGUUCAUUCUUCUCCCUCUGAGACCCGAGCUUCCCCUGCUUCUUCCCAUCGUGAUUGCGGCUGUCAGGAGCGUCGGUACUGCCCAGUACCUGCACAAGCCCUACUUUGCUCAGAAGCGCAUGACAAAGCAACAGAUCUGGCUUUGGAUCGAAGAGCGCAAGUGGGCCUACCGUUCGUUCGGUUUCACCUCGGCCCUCCUUGAGAGGCUUCCCAUCAUUGGCCUCUUGUUCAGCAUUUCGAACAACAUUGGCGCCGCCAUGUGGGCCCACGACCUUGAGAAGCGCCAGCACCUCUUCGCCCACGGCAUCCUCCAGCCCCUGCCUCCUGCCCGUGUCGGAAUCUUUGGCUCGGGAACCCCCAGAGACAUUACCACCGAGGUGGUCGUGGCCGAGAAGCAGAUCGAGGCCAGGUGGUCCACCCGUCCCGUCUUCCAUCCCCAGGUCAUUGAACGCCCCGACUCGGAGUAUCCCGAUGUCGCCCCUCCCAGCUACGAGGCGAGCGCUGCUGGUGUGGCCGCCGCAGCCGCUGCUGCCGGCUCCUCAACCGGAAAGAGCUCCGCUAUCAAGGUCCCCCCUCCCCUUCCUGCCCGCACGAGCGCGGCGACUACGUCGACCGCCGUCCCGCCUCCCCUUCCACCCCGCCACGAUGUCAAGUUGGACGCGGAAACCAGCAUGCCCGGCGCCCUCUAA